GGAGCAUAAAUAGUCGAGGGCAACCCCGGACAUUCUUAUCCUUUGGACGGAUAGUCCAACACAAACAACUUGCUCAUUCAGACAAAUCUUUCGUACAGACGAGAAAUGGCUUUCGGUUGCUACCGCCUGGACUCAACCCCUAAACUGUCCCAACCGCCCACUGUUGUGCCGGUCGGGUCCUCUUCUCAUCCAUCAGGGCCUUCGGACAAAAAGAAGCAUUCCCAGAAGAUACACUGUCGAUGGAUUUUUCUUACCUACACCGAUUCUUCGUUGGAGCAGGAAGAUGAUUUUGUGAAUGGGUUUCGAGCGAUGUUGGAGCAAAAUUCCCUCGCUUCUUCUACGUUUUAUGGAUGUCGUGAGGAGCAUGCGGAGAGCGGCGUUCUCUAUCAUGUCCUUCUACACCUUGAGAAGCAAGUUAAUUGGAAAGUCAGCAGUGCUCACAGAUACCUCCUGGUUUCAGAUCACCCACAUGAGUCUAUCAACAUAGUCACUCAGUACCCUAGACUAAAAUACCAGGACUUCAUCCACAGCCAUGUUGAAUACUGCGAGCAGAUCGCACUCGAUGAUUGUUUUGGCAUACGUCCAAAUAUUUCUGCAGCACAGGAUUCCAGGUACAAGCGGAAGUGGGUGGAAGUCGACCAGCAGCCGACAAAAACUGCCAAGCGGGCUAAAAUAAUCGAACGUCUUCCUCAUGAAUAUGACAGGCAUUUCGACAGCAUAAAUUUUGCUCUUGAUCAUGUUCAUCCCGAGGAGGAUUGAGUUGGGGGCACGUUCCCAUUGCCGGGUUACAUUGUGCUGUCCGAAUUUCCGAUUGAUAUCAUGACAAACAUCGAACGAUGAAUGCCCGAAAGCCUGGAAUGUUACAGUUAGCAAUUGGGUUAUUGUCAGUCAUUGCUUAUGGUCAGCGAGACGUUGAUAGAUAUAGAUCUGUGUUACAUGUUUGCUUCAAAUGGUAGAGCUAUUUAUUUACACUGAAACUGCG